GGUGACGGAAACUUGUGUUUGGCGCAGAGAUGCAAAGUUUCGUCGGAGUGUCGCACCUCUUGUCGGUUCUUCUGCUGCAGCUGGUACCUGCGCAGAUUUCACAUCCUCCAGAACUUGGUCACUCAAAAGUGAUGGCGUUUCAGGAGGUGUGGGCGAAGAGCUUGUGUCGGCCCAUGGAGCAGCUGGUGGAUGUGGAGCACGAGUACCCAGGAGAAGUGGAGUUCAUCUACAUGCCUGCGUGUGUCCCACUUUGGCGCUGCUCUGGUUGCUGUGGGGACGAGAACCUGGAGUGCCAGGCGACGCUGGAACGCAAUGUCACUCUGCAGGUGAUGAGGAUUCACCCCAUGUUAUCUAUGCAUCAUGUUGAACUCACAUUUGUGGAGCAUCAGAGAUGUGAAUGCAGACUCAGGCAGAAACCCACGAAUAAUAAAAGCAGCAGCGACUCUAUCAAGAACAGACCGAGGAGGAGGAAACACAAGAAGACAGCAAACGGCUGCGGAAAGUGCCAGUUUCCUCAAAACAAGAUUGAUCUUCACUGAUUCACAUCUGUCCGUAGUUUAAUUUGAAGGAGUGAUUUUGGAGUGGCAAACAACAGCUCAUUUGUCAAUUAAUCAUCUCUGACUAUUCAUCUUCAGUCUGUGUAUCUUUCGUCCUCCAGUGCAUCCAUCAGACAUCCCCACUUGUCCAUGACAUUUUUUUCUUUGAUUAAUUGUCAAAGCAAACAAACAUAUCUGCAAACUCUGUGGCUCUAACUCGUGUUUCUAACAGACACAAAUCGUUGGCAGUUUUAAUUUUAGAAAGCUUGUGGGAGGUUUUAAAAAAAAGACAGCAGAUUCAGAACAGGUAAAGAGAUAAUUGGUGGUAUGCUGAAAGUUUAUCAGUUGCCAGGGGAAAAGA